CGACACGAACACACCUGAGAGUGCUAUUGGAGAGUGCUAUUCUAGACUCUCAUGAUUCAUUGAAUGACUCGCGUACUAUGAUAUUUAAUGCACAAGGGCGAAGUCUUGAGUCAAGGAAAUCGAUUAAUAUUAAUCGCUGCAUUCAUAAAAUUUGGGUGUUCAAAAGAAAUAGUUGAAUCAGGAAAGUUAUUUAAGUGAAGUUACGGUAAUGCAUGGGCUCCAUUGUUAAAUCUAUUAGAAUAAUAAUGCAUAUGAAUGCCGGUAUAUAAUAUGGGUACUAUAUAAUGCCAUUUACAUAUUAUGUUUGCAUUUUGAAAGUAUUUAGUAUAUAAAUUGGAAGAGCUAUAUGCUGGAUUUUUAAGCGGGACGACAGUAGUCAAAGGAUAGUCUAACCACAGUUUGAAUACACAGGACGGUUGUUUACAGACUUUUUACUUCCUGAUGCACACACAAUUGUUGGAACCAAUCCCCGAAAUUCAGUGAUUACUUAUAUAUAAAACAGCCAUCUUGUUGCGUUUUAUUUUGACUCACGGAAUUCUAGGAUUACAUUAACUUAUAGAAAGUCUAAUUAAGGUCAACGCAUCGUGCAAAUCGCCUUACCUAACUGCCGAAAAGGGGUGUAUAUUUUGGAUCGUUGUGUAGAGAGAAUUUUACUGGUGUUAUGAAAAUGACAUUACUACAAUCAAGGAUAAAUGCACAUGUAGCGUUAUUGGCGUUGAUAGUGAGCUCAGUGACCGCACAGACUGAGGAAAACAGAGGAGGCGCGACAUGGGUCUAUAACCAGGCCUCCUGUCUCAGAGGUCAUAAUGAUAAGAUCAUAGAUUAUGGAGACUUCACCGAAACAUUGGUCAAUGAAUGUCUCGCAGCGUGCGCCACUGGUGUAGAGCUUUCCGAGUGCGCCUCAGCUGAGUUUGUCAUCGAUGGUGGCGACAUAGGGAAGUGCACGCUAUCCACGUAUUCCAGUACAAACAGCGAGGAUAUAAUACAAUGCCCGAUUGUGCGCUUGUACCAAUUGAAAUCCGAUACAACAAUCGCGCCCCCUACCACAACCACCAAGCCCCCCACUACAACCUCACCAACCACCAAGCCCCCCAUUACAACAGUUACUACUACAACAACCACCAAGUCCCCCAUUACAACAGUUACUACUACAACAACCACUACUACCAAAUCUCCUACCACAGCAAGAACAACAGUAGAACCCACAACAGCUACAACCAAGUCAUCUCCAACGACACCAGCGCCAACUGAACCCCAGACAUCAACCGAUCCCCCUACUACAACAACAACAACAACUAAGGGCCCGAUAACAACAACAGCAAAUGAGGCUCAAGUUGCCAAUCAAACAACAUCUGAGACAGAACCAACUUUAGAGCCAACCCCGGAGCCAACCUCAAAGCCGGAACCCUCAGUGCAACCCGUAGUUGACUGUGAUUCAGUACAUCCCUAUUUUAAGUGUCUUGCGCCAUCUAUAAAUUAUAGCUUAUCAAUAUUACUUGCAUGCUUUUUAUUAACACGCAUUUUGUAUCCAUGAGAUGAACGUAUUUGUUUGUAUAUACCUGGAAUGUUAAGAUGUCGCUAAUUAUUACAUAAUGUGUACAUAGAAAUCUUGGAAAUAAUUCAAUGUUGAUAGAUUGUCAUACGUUACAUGUAGUGUAGUGUCGAAUUCAAUAGUGAUUUCACUUUUUAGUCAUUCGUUAGUGGUAGACGUUUAGAAAUGUGUAUACCGAUACAGACAAAACAAGCGGUGCUUUAACCAACUGAAUGGUGUUAGAGAUACUAGUCCUUCCCCUCCUUCGGACGCCCGUGGUUCUAACCAAUAAUAGUCAAACUGACAAGGACUUAGAAUAAACAGUAUAUAAAUCGAGCAAAAAACGAUAUGAUUGACAAUAAAAUAGCAAGAAUACACUUUAGACACUCUGAAACAUUGGACGACCCUAGGCUUGGCCUGUGGUAUUAUAAUACUUGUUAUUGAAUCAUGUAAAAGACUAAAAAGUGAAACGAAUGUAAAUCCUUUUGGCUGGACUGUUUCUGUUUAUAACAAUAACAACCAUGAAAUGUAAUAUGGUUCAUUUCCUAUGAUUGUGUAUAACCUCCUGGUACAAAUGUCACUGGCGUUUAAUUUCCGUCACUUUGCAAAUUCAACAUUUCUUGCGUCUCUAAACCUAUUCCUAAUAAUGUAACCUUUAAAGUGUUAAACUGAACGUGUUCAGUAUUUCUUAAAAGACAAACUGGGGGUAUUUAAUACUACAGUACUUGAUAUGAUUAAGUUUAUAAUUUAACUGUAUAUAUGGCCUCGUAUAUU